CCCAUCUUUGGGAUUCUUAAUGAGGCGUGUCGUCUUGGUCUGUAGUCGGCACGCUUUCAGGAAGUCUCGUCUUCACCAGCCGAAGGAGGCUGACGAUCUGGCCGCUCGGCUGCAGGUCCCACGGUAAUUCGUGGACGGCCGCGAGGGAAGAUGCCACCGAUAGCGGUCGUACCGGAGGUCCACAGUCAUGUCCUGGCGGAGUUCGACUGCCUCGACCCCCUCCUCUCUACGCUGCGCUUGGACUCCGGCAGGCUCAAGUGCACAAGCUUGGCCGUGUCGAGGAAGUGGCUUGCAAUAGGAACGUCCGCUGGAGGGUUGCACCUGAUUCAGAGGGAAGGCUGGAAACAAAGACUUAUCCUUACUCACAGGGAAGGAUCCAUUUCACAGGUGUCGUGCUGUCCACAUGAUGAAGAUUUUAUUGCCGUCGCAACAAGUCAGGGUCUGGUGGCGGUGUGGGAGCUGCAGCUGGAGCGCCGUGGUCGUCCCGAGAGAAUCAGCGUGUCCUGGGAGCACAGGGGCCAGAACAUCACUGCGCUCUGUUGGGACACCAACACGCUUAAGGUUUUUGUCGGAGACUCGGCGGGCAAGGUGUCUUUUCUCCGCGCAGGAUCCUCAAAGCUGGGCAAGGGAUCAGGAUUCGUGAUGUUUCCUGUUCAGACCGUCACCACUGUCGACUCCAAAGUAGUUCAGCUUGGGUACCAGGAGGGUCGGCUGCUGGUGUCUUCACUGAGUCGCUGCUACCUCUGCGAUACGGAGAGGGAGAAGUUUUGGCGUGUAGGGAACAAGGAGCGCGACGGGGAGUACGGCGCUUGUUUUUUCCCCCACAACAAGGGCCUGUUGGUGGGCCAGCCCCCGCUGCUCUACUGUGCCCGGCCUGGGUCUCGAAUAUGGGAAGCCAGUUUUAACGGGGAGGUUUUAAGCACCCAGCAGUUCAAGCAAGCGCUUACUUGCCCCCCCUUACCUCUCAUCACGUACAGAAAUGAGCCACAAUACAAUCCAGGGCAGAAGAACCCCCAAUCAAUUGCCUUCCCAAAACUACUUUAUUUUGGAGACCAGAACUUGCUCACCUGGACUGACUCAGCCAUUUAUAUCUUUACACCCCAUAAUGGCCAAGUUCUGUUAUGGACAGAGGUCAAAGACAUGCUCGACAUCGCCGUCUACCGCAACGAGCUUUUCUGCCUCCACGGCGGCGGCCGUCUGUCCCACCUCACCCUGUUGUCUGCAGAACGCUGCAUUGAACGCCUUCUUAAACGGGAGUCCUGGCAUCUGGCGGCUUCUGUCUGCUGUAUGUUCCAGCACUCCAUCAGCGCCAGUCGGGCCAGAAAGUCGAUUUCCACCGAGUGUCUGGAGCACCUUCGGUCCCAGCUCAGUUCCAGCACUCACCCCGAGUUGAUCGGCCAACUGGAUGAGGUGAUCGCCAAGCUGGAGCCCCUGGACUCGGCCUGCAGUAGCCGCAGAAGCAGCAUCUCGUCGCACGAGAGCUUCAACGUCCUGGACUGCGGUAUCUACCGGGUGAUCAGUCGCCGAGGGAGCCAGUCCGACGACGAGACGUGCUCCCUCGUGAAUCAGUCCAUGUCGGAGGAGGAGCGGCUCAAAGAGUUCACCUUCACGCAGGAAGAAGAUCAAGCGGACCACGACCCGCAGAGCGGCGAGCGUGCGGAAACCGACCGAUCUGAGCAAGGCCUGCCAUUCCACCUGCCCCUCUCAUUCCGCCCCAAACCCCCACGCAUUGCACUGCAGGCCGUCAAAGACAGUGUUUCUAGCUUUGUCAAGAAGACAACUGAGAAGAUCAAUACGUUCCAGAUGAACUCUGAACUCUGGCAGCGCCCCGACUUCAGAGAGAGCGCACAUGGCGAGAUGUCGGCCGCCUCUGCUCGGUUCCCGGAGGAACCAGAUAUUGAAACUUAUGCAGACGUGCCCAACACGGAGUCCGACCUGAUAGAGCUUCAGUCGGCCACCGAACACGCCACAUCCCAGAUCCAAGAUCCCUUGGUUUUGCUGGAUCCAGACCUCUUGCGAGAAACUCUACAAGAGUGGUUGAAAGCACUGGAGCGAGUCCUCAUGCCAGCUCCUCCCGACUCAGCUAUUAGAGGUCCUUUGGACACGUGUGAACCCAGACUAGAUGCACAGGAACCUCUUUUAAACACAUCUGCUGAGAAACCACAAGAGUCAUCACAAGAACCUGCAGAAACCUUCCCUGAGGUGGAGUGUGAGACUCAGCUGGUUGGGCCUGAAGAACCCCUGCGACUGGUUUCCCCCAAACCGCUGCCCUCAGAGCUCCUGGAACAUCUCACCCAGCUGGCCACACUUUACACUGAAUUGAGCUGCUUUAGCGAGCCGGCAGGCGCUCAGCCGCUGAGCUGCACAAUCUUCCUGCGCCGCUACUUCUUCCUGGUGGACCGAGAGCGCAUCAGGCGCAUGUGUCUCCUCUGCUGCCAGGAGCAGCAGGAGGUGCAGCGCUCCUUCGUCGAGGCCAUGAUAGGUGUAACACAGUCCAGUAAAGUGGUGGAAAUCAUUGACAAAGGAGAUUUGCAGAGAUCACUACGCUACCUGAGAGAACUGCAGCCCUGGAGUCCUCCUGUUCUCCUCGCUCACUUAUACAGGUUGUACGAGAAGCACGGUGAGGCGGCUGUACGCUGCCUUUCCCCGUUCUACCCCACCAUCACACCCGCAGAUGUGAUGCAGAUGGCUCACAAAAGUCAUUUCCUGGCCUACCUGGAUAAUCUGGUCCUGUCCCAACCUGAGGAGAGCAGGUUGUCGUUCCUGCAGUCUCUUCUUGAACCAGAGUCGCUGCGGCAGGAGUGGCUUGAGCUGGCACUUACCCACAAUGCACCUCAGUGCCACGAUACAAUGACACCCGAGGGACUGCCCAGGUGGAAUUCUCAUUGUUUCAUUUGGGGUUAUAGUCGCCUCCUGUCUCUGCUGAUCCAACUUCCCGCAGACUUUUUGUCCAAGCAGAAGAUGGCAGAAACCUGCCGCAGUCACGGCUACUGGAUGGGCUAUCUUCACCUGUGUCGUGAGCUACAGCGCCGUGCCGACGCUUUCACAGCAAUCUGUCAGUUGAAUGACAUCACCUUGCUGGAGGAACCAGACGGUGUGGAGCCCCAAAACCUGGCCGAGUGGAGACUCCUGAUCCAGUUGGCUCAGGACGGCAGCCUUUCGUCAGACGUGAACGGAGAUGCUUUGUCCAGCGGCUCCCCAGGUUCCAGCAGAAAGGUCAGCCCGGAGAACCUGACCCUACGCCUGGCGCGCGCGGCCGGGCCGGAGCGCGCCAUGGCCAUCCUGGAGGAGUGCGGGGUGCAGCCGAGUCUUUCGCCUCACUCGCAGCUGGUGUGUGAGCUGCUGAAGGUGGCUGAGAAGAGGCAGCGGGCAACCAUUCAGGGCAUGCUCGAGCGCUGCGACCGCUUCCUUUGGUCUCAACACGCGUGAGCGCGCACUUGGACUUGAGAUGAUGCCAACAAUGACAGCAAUUUACGUUAUCUUUACUGCAAAUUCCUUUUGAAACUGUGGAUUAAUUUAUUUGUUUUACCUUUCAUGAAGGUACUCACCCUUAAUACUACAAUAUGUGUGAAUUGCUCAUAUUUUGCACGGAAACUCUUAACUUGUUUGCAUUUGAAUGUACUGUUGGUGCAAUACUGAUUAAAGG